UCGUUGAAAAGAACCACCUCUCAAAUUUCAUUUCUUCCCAACCAUAGCUUUACAUGGCUUCUCGACCUCCCUUUGAGACACAUUUCUCUUCCAAUUUUGGAAGCUCCUUUCCGAGAUCAACUAGUGAUGAACCAACCGUCCAAACCUCAGGUGUAAAGCUUCCGGUGAUCGAUCUUAGCCAUCUUACUAAUGGCGAGGAGGUCAAGCGCAAAAGAUGUGUGAAACAAAUGGUUGAUGCAGCAAAAGAGUGGGGGUUCUUUCAAGUUGUGAACCAUGGGAUUCCCAAAGAAGUAUUUGAGAUGAUGUUUCGUGAAGCCAAGAAACUCUUUGACCGAUCCUUUAAUGUGAAAGUCCGAGAAAAGUUUUCGGACACAUCAAAGAAUUGUUAUCGGUGGGGAAACCCUAACGCAACUUCCCCUACUCAGUACUCCUUUUCUGAAGCGUUUCACAUCACUCUUGCUGAGAUCUUAAGUUUUUCUGAUGAUGGCAACAACUUCAGAACAACAGUUGCAAUGUAUGUGCAAGAGGUAGCUCGAGUGGCACACAUGAUAUGCGAAAUACUGGGGAAUCAAGUGAAAGUGAACUCGAAGUAUUUCGAGAAUAUUUUUGCACUACAAAACAGCUUUCUAAGACUUAACAAGUAUCACCCUUGUGUUUUUGGUUCGCAAGUGUUUGGUUUGGUUCCUCAUACCGAUACAAGUUUCAUCACCAUACUCGCUCAAGAUCAAAUCGGAGGACUAGAAUUGAAGAAAAAUGAACAAUGGAUUGGCGUAAAACCUUGCUCGGAGGCUCUCACUGUGAACAUUGGUGACAUGUUUCAGGCACUGAGUAAUGGAGUGUACCAGAGCGUUAGACAUAGAGUGAUAACUCCAGCAAACGUGGAGAGGUUGUCGAUAGCAUUCUUCGUAUGUCCCUAUCAGGAAACAGAGAUUGAAUGCUCUGGGAAUCCGAAGAAGUAUAGAAGAUUCAGUUUCAGAGAGUACAAAGAGCAGAGUGAACAGCUGGGAAUGGAUUGGCUAGCACAGCGCAGAGCUGUAGUCGAGUGUGCCAAGGCGUGCGUUAGGAUUCCGCUUGAUGGGAGGCAAAUCAUGUACAGAGGAAUGAGAACUAGGACCGGUAUAUCCGUGGUAUCGAUGGCCCAUGCCGAAGAAGCAAUCCGGAAAGGAGGAGAAGCCUUCCUAGCCACUAUAGAAAUGGUGGGGGAGACCGAAGCGCCAGAUCUGAGAAGUAUUCCAGUAGCGGCAGAGUAUGCAGAUGUGUUCGAACCACUACGCAGGCCCCCACCUCAUCGAAAUAAUGCCUUUUCGAUUGAGUUAGAACCCGGAACCGCUCCGGUCUCCAGGGCCCCCUACCGAUUGGCACCGGCAGAGAUGGCCGAACUUAAGAAACAACUGAAAGAACUAGUGGAAAAAGGAUUAAUACGCCCGAGUAGCUCGCCCUGGGGGGCGCCCGUGCUCUUUGUCAAGAAUAAGGAUGGGAGCCUUCGACUGUGCAUCGACUACCGGGGAUUAAACAAGGUGACCGUUAAAAAUAAGUACCCCCUACCCCGUAUAGACGAACUCAUGGAUCAGCUGGAGGGGGCCACAUGGUUUUCAAAGAUCGACCUUGCUUCGGGUUAUCACCAAAUUCCUAUUCACGAAGGGGAUAUUAGGAAGACGGCUUUCCGUACCCGGUACGGACACUACGAAUUCGUAUUAAUGCGCCGGUAG